UUGUGAGUCAGGGUUAAACGUUUUAUCUCUUCUGUUAACGGAUAUCGCGAAUUCUUCGGUUUUGAACAUAUCUCGGAGCAACGAACUCAUCUGCCGGCGACUGAAAUCUCUAGAGUGCGGUUGUGUUCGUUUGUUAAUUCCUUUGACAGACGCGUGAAAUUUUUGUUGCUACGCGGUCGAUUCGACGGAAUAGCUAGAUCGGAUACGCGGUAAAAAUAAAUACGUUCGAGAAAAAGCACAAAAGAAGAAUCUUCAUGAUAAUCGUAUAAUUUUUUGACGAAAUCUGGUGCAGUACACGUGCAUCAUCCAAUCGUUAUCGAAGGAACCGUUAGAAGUUUCCGUUGUGUGCGCAUUUGAACGAUCUAGUACUCAUUUGUCAUCUGCGUGCGGGAACCACUCCCGAUUGGUGUUACGGUGUUUCCGCGAUACACGUUACUGAUUGAAGGAAGACCAAUAUGGCUGUUAAUGUUUAUGCAACAAAUGUGACAACUGAGAAUUUGAGUCGACAUGAUAUGUUAGCAUGGGUAAAUGACUGUCUGCAAUCAUCGUUCACCAAGAUUGAAGAAUUAUGUACUGGAGCUGUUUAUUGUCAAUUUAUGGAUAUGCUUUUUCCUGGAAGUGUACCAUUGAAGAGGGUCAAGUUCAAGACUAACCUUGAGCACGAGUACAUACAGAAUUUCAAAAUUUUGCAAGGUGGUUUCAAAAAGAUGAAUGUAGAUAAGAUUGUUCCAAUUGAUAAACUGGUGAAAGGCAGGUUCCAAGACAACUUUGAGUUUUUGCAAUGGUUCAAGAAAUUCUUUGAUGCAAACUACUCCAGAACAGAGGCAUACGAUGCACUUGCUAUGCGAGGAGGAGAGUCCAUGGGUAGUGGUGGAAAUAAUGCACCGCAUGGCACUAAUGCAAAACGCACCACACCACGUGAUGUAAAUUCGUCUAAACCGGCUGCUCGUAUUGGUGAGGGAUCUUCGCCUCCUGUACCUGCAGCUAACGUCAAGUCUAUUAACAAAGCUCCAGCUCAUCGUCCACAAGCGAAAACAGGAGUUGGAAAUCGUGGCGAGUCUGGAAAAAUUGAUGAACUCAGUGCACAGUUGAUGGAAUUAAAAAUGUCACUAGAGGGGCUAGAGAAAGAAAGAGAUUUUUACUUUGGAAAAUUACGUGAUAUCGAAGUUAUGUGCCAAGAUUGUGAUAACGGAGAUCCUCCACCAAUAGUACAGAAAAUUUUAGAUGUCCUUUAUGCAACCGAGGAAGGAUUUGCACCCCCAGAAGAACUAGAAGGAGAUGGUCUUGCGCCUGAUGACGAAGAAGAAUAUUAACUUCACUCUUUUUGUACAAUCAUUAUAAAAAGUACGACAGCGAAUUAUCCAAGUGCGUUUCAGUUUAUUCUAUUUGUGAGCCAGUAUCAGUACCCUUCGCAUAAUUGAUAAGCUACUUUGUAUAGCUAUUUAAGCAUUUUCGCCUUCAUUUCGUUACAAACGUUCACUAAGAGUUCAUUAAAAGAUUCGCACGUAUAAUUAGAGUAGAAAGUACAUUGAAUAAUGCACUUGAAUAACUUGUACUUUAUGAGAAGUAAUUAUUAAGAAGGAAAACAGAAUUAGCAGUUCAUAUAUUGUCAUAGUUCUUUAUCGUAAUUAAGAUAACGGUAGAGCUUUGAACAUCGACAAGUCUCAAAAUAUGAAGGAAAAGAAAGGAAAAUAUUUUUGGAUGCAGAUACUCGAGGACUAUCUGAAUCCAGUUUGUUAUACAGUGAUUUUAUGUUAACUAUGUUCAACAACGUGUGAGUGUUUUUGUUUGUAAAUGCACUACUGUUUUUAUUGAUAAAUAGAUGAAAUCUCGUCGGUUUGUCCUUUCGUACCUCGUUGUAGUUUGCCGAAACUGUAGAUUGUAUGAACGCAUAAUCUAUAGUAACUGUUUCAAACCUGUUCCAGUCAUUUACCUUGUGCAAUUGCGACGCAAAGCGAAUGAUACAAUCGAUUAUUUGUUAAUAUUGAAACCAUUAAUUUUUGCCAAUUGUAGAUGUGAAACGAUAUACGAUAUAUGUCGAAGCUGAUUCUUGAAACCAAUUAAAUUAAAUUUUUCAAGUUUUACAUGCGCCUUUGUUUUUUCUUUUUUAUUUAAAUAAUUUUUAUCUUAUUGAAACUUCCAGUAUAUAAUUGUAAAAUUCGUAAAUGCGAUUGCGAUUUAAAAUCUAAAACAAGUCAUGCGACAGUGUAUGCUCCGGAAAUACAAAUAUGUGUUUCUCGAGAUAUAGUAUGAUACGAAUAAAGCGACGAUGAUAUUCA